CAAUUUACUUUCGGUUCCGUGUAUUUUGAGCAUUGUUUUCAUUCGAUGGCAGCGGCAAGAGACGAAGAGGUCCUGGGCCGAAAUUUUUUUAGGGAAAAGAAUUUAUGCAUUUAUUUUAAAUUAUUUUGAAUUAAGAUGGUUGGAGCUGGAAAGAGGAAAACACGUUUGCCACGAAAAAUCUUAAGAGUAAUAUUGAGUGAUGGUAGCUGCCAAUUGCAACCACAAUUAAAUGAUUACAAAACAAUAAAAGAGGAGCAAAUUUAUGAAGAAUGUAAUAGCCCCAUUUAUUACAAAACAGAAGAGCAAAAAAAUUAUCAAGAGAAUUUUUUAAAAUCUGAAAAUAUUUAUCAUAAAUCUCCCCCUCACUCAAAUGGUUUCCAUGAAAACGGUUAUCAUCAUAUUGAGUAUCGAAAAAGAUCACCAAGGCCAUAUAUAGACUCUGAAAAUCAUUACUAUGGUCCAGAGUCACCCCACAUAUAUCCCAGUGCAUUUCGAAAAGAUGAUUACAGAAGUCAACCUGUUCCUAGGGAAGUAUCACCAAUUCUGCGUAAACCAAAAGAGGAAACCGGAGGAAAGAAGAGUCCACCAAAACAAGAUUUAACCACACGAGCUUCCUAUAAGCAUCAACAUCCUGAACCAACUCCAGAAUUUCCCUAUCAAUGUGAAACAUGUGACAUGUUAUUUAAGACAAUGGAAUUACUGGUUGACCACCAAACAGCUGUUCAUGAUAACAAUCGUCAGUUUGCAUGCCGUUACUGCUCAAAGAGGUUUAAUGAUAAGUAUAACAUGCGAAAACAUGUGCUAAUACAUGUUGGUGAAAAACGACACAAAUGUCAGUUUUGCGAAAAGGCAUUUCUUCGGAAGGAUCAUCUUCGUAGUCAUUUACAAACACAUUACAAUAGAAAGUUUGGAUGCAAAAUAUGUGGAAAAGGAUACCGCACAAUGGAGUUAUAUCAACGCCAUGUGAAAACGCACAAAGAUGAUUCCUAUAUGUCCAUGAUGAAUAAUGGAGAGAUUUUACAACCUGAUAUAUGUAGCAUUACUGAAGAAAAUCUGCAAAGAAAAUCUGAUGCAACAAGCAGCCCAAAGGAAAAUACAGUCCCACAUGAAGAUGAUGUUCCAGUUACUAUUCUGGAUGAAGAUUUUAACAUGGCUAGUCCAUGGAAUGAAGGAAGUCCAUCUGUAUCCGAAAAUGACACAAGCAUGGUUGAUAGUCCCCUACAUAGUGAACAUAGUCCAAGAGAUGCUUCCCAACAAAAUAGUUUAGAUCAUGACCACCAAAAAGGUUACAACUGUCACAAAUGCAAGUUGACUUUUAAAGACAUGCACAGUUUGCAGGGACAUCAACAAAAUUGUGACACCACGCCAGUUAAAAAAAACCCAAGUUGGCAGUGUAUGAAAUGUAACAUUGUGUUUGAUGAGCCAAGCACGCUAAAACAGCAUUACGAAAAAGUUCACAGCAUCGAUAAACCAAUUCAAAGUCCUUCACGAUGGCGUUGCAAAACAUGUGACAUCAACUAUCCAAAUUCAAAAGAGUUAAGUCGGCACUAUGCCCACGCGCACAAAGAUGCACAAAUAUUUCCAUGCAGUGAAUGUUCGAAGACAUUUACAGUGUGGCACAAUUUAAAAAAGCACAUGCUGAUACAUUUAGGAGAUAAAAAGCACAAAUGUUCCAUAUGCGACAAAGGCUUUGUACGUAAAGAUCACCUGAACAGCCACAUGAAAGUUCACCUGGGUGAAGGAUCGAAAUUUACCUGUCCUAUAUGCAAUAAAGUGUUCCGCCUUAAACAAAUGUACUUUAAGCAUAUGAACUUGCAUGGGUUAGAGCAAGCAUACACUGUUGUUGAUAAAAAGGUAAAAAUUGAGGGAAACCGGUAGCUCAUGACAAGAAUGUUCAUCAAGCUGAUGCGUACAAUUUUUUGGUGAUGGUGAGUCUGUUUUAAACAGAAAUUCUUACUUUCAAAGUACAUCAGUGUUUUAAGGGGUCUUUUUGCUUACAAAAUAUAGCAAAGCUACUUUAAAUAGUUUUCAAGGAAAAGGAAGAAAAAGAAGAAGAAAAAAAAGCAAACUAAUUUAUGAAAUAAUUAUUCAGCUGGAAAUAAGCUUGUUAGUAUUGUUAUUAAUAAUAAAAAAGUGGAAAGUUUAAUGUAAUAUAAACUAGAUGGUUACGAAGUAUGACCUAUAGAAUGGUAUGUUUAUCUAAAUUAUAAGUUAUUUUAAACGAAGAAGAAAAAACAAACCAACGAAGUUAUUUUAAUUUAAAACGUUGUAGAAAUAGACAUGUUAUGUUAAUAGUAUUAUAUUGUAUUUUUAGGCUUGUAGCUAGUUUUAUAAUUUCUCUAUAUUUUGUGUAGAAUAAAAUAUUUUGCAGAAUAACUUUUUUUGUACAAUGAAAUAAGGAAGAAAAACCUUUUGUUUAUAUGGUGUUUUGAGCGAAAAAGAGCACAGCUUGCAUUUUUUUUCUUAUCAACCUUCUUAAGACUAAGAUUUGUAGUAGUUUACUGAUAAAGAAGGGAAUCACACUUCAAUACCAAGCUCAGGGUGGUCUCCUAAAAACUUCUUAAAACUCCUGGAAAUGAAAUAUACUUCUCGAAAAUUACAAAAAUAAAAAAUUACUGAUAUUAACUUUUUUUAAAUCUGCUACGUCUGUUUUUCAAGUCAUCAGGUUAUGGAAGCUGUUUUCACUUAUUUCUUUUUAUAUAUGGAAUUCUUUUUUUUUGUCGAAUUCUUGGAAAUAGAUCUGAGAACUCCCAGGAUUUAAACUUUAAAUAAAGUGGCCACCCUGAAGCUUGGAUAAAUCAACUAAUUUGUAUAGCCUACUCUUAAAGCAGUCCAAUCAUUGACAGACCAGUUAACGUUUUAUGACUCGUUUUUCUUUUUGAAAUCUCUGGUUGGUUAAUGUUGGAACACUUUUUAGAAUGUUGAAUAUGCUGUAACUACUUUGGUAUGAGAUUAUUUUAAAAAGUUGUGUUUUACGGACUAACUUGGUGUAUGUUGGUUUUGCAUGCAGGGAUAUUUGAGGUAGUCAACUGAAUUCUUUUUUAUACAAAGAAGAGUUUGUGAUACUUAUAUAUUGAAUUCUAAAUUUUCUCUGACUUCUUUCGGUGAUGCAAAAAUUUGGAUUAAUAUGUCAGGAAAUACAAUUGUUUAAACUUAGCAUUUUUUAGAAUAUGAACUUUUAAUUCAACGCAUGUCAAUCGCGUUUCAAUUUAUCGAGUGCAUUUUUUUGGUCCUAAUUAGUGCGUGGUUUAUUUAUUUUUAGGUGAAUAAUAACUUGCUGUGUAUGUGUUUGUGUUGUGUACAUAUAUAUCGCAUCAAAUGUGAAUUCGUUUAUGAAUCAUACCGAAAAAAACAGUUUCUUUCUGUAAUUGACAGGCCAGUAGGGUUUUUAAAUCAGAAAAAUGACCUGAUUACUAAUCAUUUCUUCCAGUGCAGUUUACACUGUGUUGUUUUUAAAGCCCUGUUUUCUUUAUGAAAGUGUUUUUCUCAUUAGGGGGUAAGAGGUGGUUCUUUGACUAAAUACUUUAACAUUCCUAAAACUACUUUUUUAUUUCCUUCCGAUAUCAUGUUCCCUUUUACCCUGUUUUGAUACAAGACUACGCUUUUUUUAUAGAAUUCCAACGAUGCAAUAAUAAUUGGUUUUGUCUUCUGAGUAAUUGUUCUAAUGAUCAAUUAGACCAUUUUUUGACGCAAUACUAAACACCUAAUGUGCGAAAAUAAAAAAAAAUCCCCUUGCGUCUUAUUCUUUUAUUCAUCUAAUUAAAGUAAAUAUUUGACCUCUUUACUUAGAAGUUCUAAUCUAUUUUUUGUUGUUUUUGGCAAAAAAGUGCAGUACGAUGGAGAGCGUUUAUUGAAACACUCCCACUUAAUUUGCACUUGUUUUUUUUUUGGUCAAAAUACUUUUUUAAAUCUUACUGUUAUUUCAGCGAGGCGUAUCUGAAUACGAUGUUUUAUCGUAUUUUACGACGUUUAAUCUUCAAAUGAUUAAUUUUCACGCCAUGCAUUGAGAAUUAUUUAAUAGAUUUUUUUUUUCUAUACGAACAUCUUAUUUUAACGGAAUCUGUCUGUUCGUUUUGUAUUAGAGAAUUAUUUAACUUGGUUAGUGUGAACAAGAUUUUAUAUAAGUUAU